CCGACGACCGGUUCUGACUCUCGAGAGUCUAGUAAAUCAUCUGGUUUCAUCAGCUGAUCGACCAGCCACUCGCGUCCGAGUGAACCUGAUACUGAUUCACCCACGAGGUUAUAGGACAUCCAGUGUAGUCCAAGGGACUAAGGACUGUGAUUUCAGAAGAGAGGAAACUUUGAAAAUGAAGAGACAGAGAGACAGAAUCUGGCUGAUGCUGGUGCUGGUCUUGAGUCCGAUGGUGUUGGUGGACAGCUCAUGGCCUUCGUGCGUUGGAAAAACCAUACUAAGAUCCAGCGGUUUAUCCUGCGAGGAGAAGCAGGCCAUCUUAGACGAGCAUAAUCGGCUGAGACAGCUGGUGGCUUUGGGGCAGAUUCAUGGACAGCCGAGCGCCGCGAAUAUGAGGGAAAUGGUCUGGGACGACGAAUUGGCGGCGAUCGCGCAGAGAUGGGCGAACAGGUGCACGGAGAUCCACGACAAUUCCAGAAACGUUCGUAGGUUCGCAGUGGGGCAAAAUAUCGCUUGGACAUGGACAACGAGACCUCCGGGACCGUUCGACGACGAACCGAACUGGAGACAGAGGAUCACGGAUUGGUUCAACGAGGUGCAACAUUAUCGAGCCGGUUACAGCGACGCCACUGGGCACUACACUCAGAUCGUCUGGGGCGACACGUACCUCGUGGGCUGUGGAUACUCCUUCUACUACGACCCGGCUCGAGGCUACACCAAGUAUUAUGUCUGCAACUACGGGCCCAGUGGCAACGUGCUAGGCUUUCAACCCUAUCAAUCAGGCCAGCCUGCUUGCGGCAGCUACGGGAUGGUUUAUUCGAAUCGAUACGCCGGACUUUGCUCUGGACACAAUUACUACCACCUGGGUGCCCUCUGUCCAUAUGGGCGAUAGGACAGUAGGAAAAAUGGAACGAUCGUGUUGAUAACGUGACUUUGAAGGAUAAAAGUUGAAGAAAACGAACACUGCGUCGAGAUUGAUCGUUGGAUAUUAUUUAAAAUAUAGUUCAUUGUUUCUAGUCCGUAACAAUUAGGUUCUAAUCGCGUUCGAAGAAGGAAAAAAUAGCGAACGUUUUAGGAAGUUAAUUAGGUUGCUCGUAGAUUAUCAUGUACACCGGCUGUAACGGAGGAAACUCGUUAAACCGAGAUCCGAUAAGCCGCGUUACAAAACCUCGUUGAACGUGUUAAACAAAAUUAAUUGGAAAGCGAAAUCGAUUCCCAAUUUUCACGGGAUUCGGGGAUAUUGGAGUAUCAGUGAAGGCUCUAAUCAGAUUUUGAUUAAAAAUGAGAAAAUAAAAAAUUAAUAAACAUAUCACCCGACAACAAAUAAAAAGUAACUGAACCGAUUGUCGAAAUUUUCGUCCAUGAAGGUAAUUUCAAAUUCACAUGUCCAAGGCACCAGGAUUUUUACAAUAUUUCGGGACACCGUGGGAUAAUAAAGGUCCCAUAAAACACCGAAUACCGGGUCGUUUAAGCGAAUACUAAAAUAUUCCAAGCAUUAUAUCCAACGUGUUGUUUUCCCCCAUAAACGUGGCCCCAUGCAAUCUUUAUAAGCGCGAGUUGCUUCCUGCAUCCUGUUGCCGGAACAGGAAUCUCUUUAACGUCCAAACUUAUGGUGUGUUUCUAUGUUAUACCGAGUUCCAAGACUCGGCAGAAAAUUUGUUAAACACAAAAUCUCUCUUUAGAGAGAUUAAAAAAAAAAAAUAGGAUUGGGUUCGCGAAGAAAUUUCACGAUCAACUUUUCCCAAAGAGACGACCGAGAUGAAUCUCUUAAAUAAUAUUUAUUCUUAUUUUAAAAUAUAUGCACAACAACUUAGGUGUUAUUCACAAUUAGGUAUUUUCUUUCAUAUCUUUUUUUGUCUGUUUUUCUUUUGAUUUACAAUUAUAUAUAAUAUAUAUAUAUAUAUAUCUUUACAAUUCGCAAUGAGGUAAAACUAAGUUUAUCAAAGAUUAUUACGACCGAGAGUAGUUCGUAAGAAUUCGAAUUGAAAAUCGUCUAACUAAAUCGGCCUUCCGCGGCUCAGCCGUCCAGAAUCUGACACGCAAUGAUCACAGAUCAGUAGAACGUCGAUUCGUCAAUUGGCCAAGAAAUACCUGCCUUAUAUUUAUCCUUUUAAUAUUAUUCUCAGAUUCUCAGAUUUCUUCUGUCGACUGGGCGCCGAACGGAUAUGAGACGGUCGAUCACGGAAACGAGCUUAAUUUUAACCCUUAUCUAUCCCUCCCUUAACAAUCCUUUCGCUGAGGAUCACGUAUAUAUAAAUCCCAAAACGAUAGCCUCUUGAAACCGUACAUAUACGUGUAGUUAACUACGGCAGACUCUCGUUAUAUUGCCACGCGAGGGAUUUGACCUCCUAAUGCCCCCCCCCCCCAAUCAUAUUUUACGAUGAUGAUGCUCUUUUAUAUCCCCUCCCACCUUUCAAAUGGAAGCUUGCAAGAUUUUCCGCUCCUACAGCGCCAUCCGUGGCGAUAUAACGAGAGCCCACUGUACAUGGCUGCUGUUGCUUUCAAGCCACAGCGAAAGGAUUAAUGUUAUUAUUACACGUAAUAGAUUUCCACGUUCAGAGUGCUUCAUAAAAUAGAUUUAACCUUAAUUUAGUUUUGGUAUGUUUAUUUUUUUUUCUGUUUCUUCUUUUGUGCAAUCGCAUAGCCAUUGUCUUCUGCGUUAGGUCUCCCGCUAACCGAGUGGUCGUAAACAGGCGAAAUAAUCCGUGUGCCUGUGAACGUAGAUCGAAAUUCUCGAAGAGGAAUUGAAAUCUGAUAAUUGAAAUUUAAUUUCACGCUGAGUUUCAUUCAUCGUUUCACGAAAGUAUCGACUAAUUUUUGGAGACGUCUUGCAUUUUUCGGCGGGAAUCUCGAUCUUCGUUUGAGAAAGGAUAAAAUCUAACCCUAUAAGAACAGGCUGCCUUCAGAAACGCUGAUUUUUCAUCCGCGGAUACCGGAAACCGAGUAAUUCUCUUUAGGCCGGUUGAAGAAACCCUCGAGCUAAUUAAAUUUGAAAUUUUAAUUCCUGAAAAGAAGAGACCGAGGUUAACCCUACUGUUAUCAACGAAAUUGAAUUCAAUUCCUUGGAAAAUGCGUGUCUGAAAUUCCUCCUGUUCUAAUUUCUUUUUUUUUCUUACUUAUCACAAGCCAGCCUGCGAGAUAAUUCAGAUUCUUAUAACGUUUAGUUAAGGACGAGUCGUAUUAACACUUUAAACAAUGAAAUAGAGCGGUGGCCCUGGGCAACUCGAUGGCCCUUGAGCGAAAUAAAGUGUCUUAAAAAGAAAAUAAACAGCUUUUCUUAUUGGCUUCUGGUAUAGCUGCCCUGGCACCUAAGGGCAAUCGAGGUUGCCCCCCGGGCAGAGUUGCCCCCGCCCCGGGCAGAGUUGCCCAGGAGCUUGAAAUAGAGGAUCGGUGCAACAAUUACUGAGAAAAAUCGUGUAUAUGUGUUUACGUAUAAAAACCAAAUGUGUUUAUUGAGCUGCGAAUGCCCACGACGGAUUUCUGAAUCUUUUUUUUUUUCAUUUUAAAUAUAUUUUCUUUUUUGAACAAAAUGCGAACGCUUAUCCACGAGGUAUCCCGCUGUUCGACUUUGAUUAACAAACUACAGUUAGCGCAAAAGCAAACAUUUGGUUUAAUUUUACUAAAUGGACUGAAACGUUAAACUGGCCAGAUUCGUUACGUCGAUCACAACCGGGUUAUAUGCAGCGUUCGCAUUCGCCAGUCGCAUAUAUAUAUGUACACGGGCUAAUUAAAUAUAUUUUACAUAUGCAACAUAUGUAUAUACAUCGAACUAUGAUCAGGAUGGUUCAAUUGAUAUCCAAGGGGCUCUCAGCCUACCCCUAAACUCCCACUUCGUUCUUCACUUUAUAUAAAUAUACACCCCAGACUUAAUCCAGACCCUGUGUACGAAAUCAAAUCCACCAGAAUUACAGAAAAAUCAUAUUUGAUGAUCGAAAAACCUGACUUAUAAUUUCA